AUGGCCAAGACCAACAAGAACCUUCACUCCUCCCGGAGCAAGUCGCGCAAGGCGCACUUCACGGCGCCGUCCAGCGUCCGCCGCACCAUCAUGAGCGCCCCCCUGAGCAAGGAGCUGCGCGAGAAGUACAACGUCCGCAGCAUCCCCAUCCGCAAGGACGACGAGGUCACCAUUGUUCGCGGCUCCAACAAGGACAAGGAGGGCAAGGUCACCUCGGUCUACCGCCUGAAGUACGUCAUCCACAUCGACCGUGUGUCUCGCGAGAAGGCCAACGGCCAGAGCGUGCCGCUGGGCAUCCACCCCAGCAACGUCGUCAUCACGAAGCUCAAGCUCGACAAGGACCGGGAGAGCAUUCUGGCCCGGUCCAAGGCUGGCCGUGAGCAGCGCAUCAAGGCCAAGGUCACCGCCUAA